GCUGUGGAGAUUGGAGGGUAUUUGCACGAAUGCGGCUGCAUGAAAGCAGUUGACAAGAAGCUUGAUUCAGAUCCAGUUGGCAACCAUCGUUUCCUUCAACAAAGGGAAAACCUCGUGAAACAAAAGAUGGAGAACCCAGCCUUGAAGAUGACCAAGAGUCUGCGAGAAUCUAUCAAUGUUGAAGAGGAGGUGGUGACUGGUUUGAAGGGACCAAAGAAACGUUUUCUGGAACUAAGUGCAUAUGAACGAAAAUUUGGUCCAGCUCCUGAAGAUCAAAUCAAGCAGCAAGUCUACAAUGGUCAAACUUUGCUUGGUGUAGAUGUGAUAGACGAAGAUGAUGUGGGUGUCUAUGAGUACAUUGACCAAAACAUCACCAAAGUGGCUCGUGUUGAUGAAGGCGACCAAACAGAAUCCAAAAGAAGCAAAGAUGAUCAAGCAGUGAUUGAUGGCUAUAUAGCGCAAUUGAUUCCGUUGCUGAAACUGGAUGCAGAAAAGUCAGAUGACAGUGGUUUUGCACCUUGGCAGAAGGACAAAACCAAGAACUUGAAUGAGCUGAAAUCAUCCAUUCUUACCAAGAAGAAGAGUUUGAAGAGAAGAACCGCAGCAGAUGCCAGUGCUUUGACUGAUGAGUUAGACAAAAUCGUUGCUGAUGUCAACGCACAUAUAGGCCUUCUGAAGCAGCUUUCACUCGGGACAUUAGAGGGUAGCAACACCUACGACAACAUCAAGUGCCUUGUCAAAGAGAAGGGUGAUGACAUCAUUCAGGCUUUACAUGACGCCUUGUCCAACAACGAUGAUCUACUGGAUGGCAGUUGUGAAGACAACAUGAAUGUUUCACUUGCAAUAUUGAAUGUCAUGGACUUGCGUACGCCACCAUCGCAAGUGAACAAUGCAGUGCAGCUCUUGAACAGCUCGAGCCAUUGGUUGGCUAGUGCUUUCAAGCUGGACAAAGGAAAGCGUAUGACACAAUUGGCCUUGGAAAAUGCUGCCAACAGGGAGAAUCAAAAUGGUAUCCUUGAAAAGAUCGGGGAACACACCUCUGCAUUGGAGGAACAGGCUAUCACUGAUGAGAAUGAUCUAUCUGGCGAUCCUUUGGGAGCUGCCUAUGGCAAGUUGCUUUCAGAUGCAUUGGAAGCUACACAAGACAAGGCAGCAAAGCUCUUGAAGGGAGUCGACAAAGACGCUGUGAAAACUCUUGCGGUGUUGUUUGACGACUCUGUGCAUGUGGCACUGAUUGGCUGUAUCACUGCAGACUUGUUGCCGUACCUGAUCAAACUCAAAGAGUCCAUUCCAGAAGCAACGCCAGUUGAUCCACAAGUGCUGCUGCAGGAUGCCUGUAUCUUUUCUUUGCCAUCAAAAGACCAUGCCUACCACAAGCUCGUUUCGACAUUGCGAGACACAUUCACCAAGUUGACAUCGCUUGCCGGCGUCAUCAACAAUGCAUUGAGCAAGAAGGAAUCAUUUGAGAACAGCGAUGGCAUGCUGUCUGACCUUCAGGAACUGAAUGAUCCAUUGCUUGAUGCAGUCAAGCAACUCCUCUGCGGACAAGUUGAUUCAGAGGCUUCAACAUGCAUCAAGCACUGUAUGAACAUAGUGUCCGAUCAUUUGCUUUCAUCUGAGACCAAGAAGCCUUUGGAUCAGUCAUCUCUGGAUAGCUUCAAGAAGAAUCUGGAGGACUCCAUGCGUUUAUCAAGUGUCAUGGGAGACCGUGGUGUUGCAGUCCGAGUUGGUUUGCAUGUUCUUGACAUCAUGGUAUCCAGCUACCAAUGCCUGAGCAACCCAGAUGUCAUGAGGUUCCACAACAAAGCACCUAUUGACGAAGUUGAUUCAGAGGAGUUUGCCUGCAUUGGCAAGCUCAACAAAUAUCUUCAUUCCGAUGCAGUCAAGGCUGAUGCAGACUAUCACUGGAAGACUUUGGAUGCCAUGAUCAGUGCAAUGCGAUCUGAUUCAGCAGAUGAAAGUGAUGUUCAAGAAGGCAAAAACUUUGUGACUGGCUCAGUCAAUCUCUUUUCAUGGCUGGAAAAGACAUCAGACCAAUUCGGAAAAUCAGUGAAAGCCGCCAUUGAGCAGACCAUGAGCAAAGUAGUGAUGCCUUGCGUGUCGAUACCAAAUGAACUCUUCAAGUAUGACAAGAUUGAUGAGCUAGUGAAACAUGUGGCGCUAGUCAAGGAGACAUUUCCUGACACUUUGAACACGCAGGUGAUGAACGAUACUAUGACAAUGGAGACGUGUUUGAAGGAGUUAAAGCAGUUUGCCAGCGCUCUCCAUCUUUCCACUACCGAUCUCAGCAACGGCCAGUUCGAGACUUUGGAAGCCAAUUGGAGAGCAUGCGUUGGUAGUGUGCAGCCUGAACUACAGCCUGAGUCAGUUGAACCAGCCACUGCCAGUGGAUAUGAAGCCAGUGGAGCUGCAGCCAACUCAGCCACAGAGCCAGAUCAGCCAGAUGUUGAUGCUCGCAGUGAAUCAACUGGCUCUCCUAUUGAUCCAGAAGAGGAGGCACAGAUCCUUCGAACAUUGGAUUGGGCUAUUUCACAACCAGUGGAAGCCACACCGCCUGACAACUCCAUUGAGCCUGAUGAGGCAUCGAUGCCAACUCCAGCACAGCCUGAGGCAACCAUGCCAACUCCAGCGGAGCCUGAUGUUGUCACAAAGGCCAAUGAUACCAUGGUUGAUGAGGAAACCAUACCAGCGGAGAUAGAGCCCAAUCAAACCAUGGCAGACGAGGAAACCAUGCCAACUCCAGCGGAGCCUGAUGCAACCACAGAGCCGAAUCAAACCAUGGCAGACGAGGAAACAAUGCCAACUCCAGCGGAGCCUGAUGCAACCGCACAGCCCAAUGAAACCAUGGCUGAUGAGGAAGCCAUGCCAACUCCAGCGGAGCCUGAGGCAACCACUGGAGAUGCAUCAACCCAGCCAGUCAAGAUAGAGCCCACUGACACCAUGGCUGAUGAGGACGCCAUUCCAGCUCCAGCAGAGCCUGAGGCAACUACUGCAGAUGUGUCAGCCCAGCAGCUGAAAUCGAAUUUGACGAUGGCGUUGGACUACUUGUCUGAGAUUGGCUUUGCUUGUCAUGCUACGAAGUUGAGGGCAAAUGAUUAUGGUUUGCCACAGCGCCGUUGCAGGUACUACAUCUUUGGUCUGCGGAUUGUGAGCAAUCUGUCUGAGCAUGCACGGCUCUUGGUGGAGAAGAUUCCAUUGCGACUGCAAGCUAUGUCAUCUACUGUUUGUGAGCCAGUAGAGACUUUCCUCCUGGAUGAUGAUAACGCUUUUGUCAUGUAUGAGUUGAAGCGACGUGUGGACGCAGAUGAAAAGAAGAGUCAAUCAUCCACUGCUUCUGAGAAGUGGGUUGACAGUCACAGUAGUAUGGCAGAGUCUAUGGGGGUUCAGUGGCCUUUGUCAGCUUCAGUGAAAUUGCAGUCGAGCAGCUGGUUUAAGACCUUACCACGUCGAGAACAGGAGGUGGUGCCAACAAUUCUACCUGGUCAAAAGCUAUGGAGUGUGCAGCGGAUGCGACCACUACUGGGUAGUUUGCUUGCAAUGCGCAAUGAACUUGUUGUUUAG